GGGUAGAGGGAAGGGGUAGAGUACACAACACCAGCAGCUGUGUUGAUGUGGCAAGUGGUAACCCCAACCCCAGGCUGACCCUUUGAUUAGGAGGAGAAUAUAUAUACAUCAGCAGUCGUUAACCUAUGAUUUUGCUGUUAUCUGCUGCACUUCCUUUUGUCAGGUGGUUCAUAGUUUGCUGUCUUGUUGGGAUGUCACUGCUAUAGUCAAGCUGAUAUAUAUCUGCAGUAGCUGUAACUGACUGACCCCUAAUACUUAAUUUGAGUUGAAAAUUGGGAAAAACAAAAUACAAAAGUGCAGUUCAUCCACCGAUUUAACUUAUUGCUGUAUUGAGCCACCACAGAGGUAACAUGUCAGGCCUGGAUGGGAAAAGCGUACCUGACACCGUAAGCGAGUCAGCGAUUGAAAACUGGAUCACUUCACCCCUGGUGGGCCACAUCAGCAUAAUGGAUUCUGUUAUCUAUGGCUCCUUCACAGCCCUUGCCCUUGUGGCAUUGGUCUUUCAUUUCUUUGCCAUGAAAACGAAAAGUCAAAUUUCAUCUGCUAAUAAUCCACAUUUUAAGAGGUUUCAGUAUUCUUUUUUCUUGGUAUACUUUAUGGCAUUAUUUUCUGACUGGCUGCAGGGACCAUAUGUAUAUAAGUUGUAUGAACACUAUGGAUAUGCCAGUAAUCAAAUAGCCCUCCUUUAUGUGGUUGGCUUUGCUAGUAGUGUUAUAUUUGGAACCACCACUGGACCCUUAGCUGAUAGAUUUGGAAGAAAGAAGAUGGCUCUCACAUUUUGUAUUUUAUAUUCUUUUUGUUGUCUUACCAAGCUCAGUUCAAAAUUCAUCUGGCUUUUUCUUGGUCGCGUCUUUGGUGGAAUUUCAACAUCAAUGCUGUUUUCUACUUUUGAAUCCUGGUAUGUAUAUGAACAUACAGAAACUCAUGAUUUCCCAAAUGAGUGGCUCUCGGUAACAUUUUCUAAAGCAACUUUCUGGAAUGGUGUACUUGCCAUCAAUGCUGGGGUAUUCUCUAACAUUUCUGCUGAAACACUAGGGUAUGGGCCAGUUGCCCCCUUUAUGUUAGCAAUUCCAUUCUUAAUUGUAGCUGGUUUCGUUAUAUUAAAAACUUGGAGAGAGAAUUAUGGUAAUCAGACGCUUGACCUUCGCAGGUCAUGCAUGGAUGGUCUUCGGUCAAUUUUGUUUAAAGAAACAAUUCUUUACCUUGGAGUUGUUCAAUCUUUAUUUGAAGCCAACAUGUACAUCUUUGUAUUUCAGUGGACUCCAAUUUUAGGACCUGGUCAUCCUCCUCUAGGCAUGGUUUUUGCCAGCUUUAUGGUUUGCAUAAUGAUCGGCUCCUCUCUUUAUGCCUUACUUCUGUCCAAGAAAUUCCAAGCUGAACAGCUAUUAAUGAUGGCUGUUUGUUUAGCGAUCUUUGCUAUGUCUAUAUGCAUAUAUUCAACCGGUGCAGACCAUCUUUACUUGUCUUUCUUAGCCUUCCUUAUUUUAGAAGUGGCUGUAGGAAUGUAUUUCCCUGCCAUUGGCUAUUUAAGGUCUCAAGUUAUUCCUGAAGAUUUAAGAGCUGGCAUCAUGAACUGGUUCAGAGUUCCAACAAAUAUUAUAACUUGUGCUGGUCUGUUGCUGGUGCACAAUAACACCAUCAUUAGCUCUACUCAGGCCAUGUUUGCAAUAUGCACAGGAUUGUUAUGUAUUGCACUGGUAUGCAACUUCAAGUUCAUUACACUCUUCAGCACAUCCAAAGGUCUGCUGCAUCAGGGUGAAGACAAGGUACCACUAACAAAAAAUGAAUCUUAAUUAGUAUUAAUAUGGCAUAAACGAAAAAAGGAAGAAAAUAUCACUUGGUUGUUAACACUUCAUAAAUUUAAUUCAUAAAAUCUAGACAUUUUCAUUUGUGAUUGUAGUACAGUACUGUACACAUUGUAUGUUAAACUACUUAAUUAAUUUUUUUUAUUUGAGAUGCCUAACUUGUAAGAAUGUAUCACAUCAAUGAAAUGCAUCUUUUCUUUUAAUUAUGUUAUUUUUAAGUUACUUGCACAAAGAAACUAAAAGAUAAAACUGCUUUUCAAAAUAACUUCAAUUCAUUGUAUCAUAACCUUCCAUCAAAUACCGAUUUGUAUCAAUCAAGAUGUUCACAAUGGAGCAAGAUGGAUAUUGAAUUUAAAACUAUUUGUCUGAAACAAGAAGUGGUACCCAAAGUCCAGUUCUGUUUUAGAGAGUUACUGUGUAGGUAUAGAUAAAUGGGGAACCCCAGGUCCAUGAAUCAAACCUGUUAUCUGCACCCACAAAAAGAGACAUACAGGUGAUGAUGAUGAAUGAAAUGAUGAUUUUAGGGGAAGUACAGUAGUACUAGGAUUUGGGAAAGAUAUGCUAAUGCAAGUACUCGUAAUAUUCAGUAAAUUAUACCCAACAUAUUUAUUACAACCAGACAUCGCUAAAAUUAAUUUUCAUUUAGGAUUUGCAUUGGUGUGUAGCCUUAUACAAUAUUGGAUGAUUUUUUCUCCUUACUAGUGUAUGAUAGUAUUACAGUACAGGUAUAUGAUGAUGAGUGUGGUGGGAUGAUGGAAAGUUGUGGGGAAGUAGAAUGAAAAGGGUAGGAUGGAGAAUGGAUAGAAGUUUUAUAUUGUCCUAUUUUCAUGUAAAGUACUUUCUGCAGAUUACUUUUUUUUUCUUUCUUUUUUUUUUAGUUCCCUUCUAUACUGGAAGUGUUCAAGGUUCACCCAGCUAUAAAUGGGUACUGUACUUAACUUCACAGUUGAGGUAGUAAAGGCAGUCAAGUGUAGUACUGCACAGGCCAUGUUGCCUCCUUGUCUUCUGAAAAAUGAUUGCUUGUAAGUGUACCAUAUGACACUGCCCCUAAUGGGCCAUCAUGCUGGUGGGACCCACUUUCACUGUACUUCCAGAGAUAUUGUCAAAUCAUCUUCCUUAAUUUUACUGACCCCAUAUCUGAUAAUUGACUAUAACCUUAGCAGGUAAAAUACCACAAUUUUGCAUAUUUGGGGUAAAUACCAGAUGGGUUUUUCUUUUACUGUUUUAGGGCUGUUCAUAUAAAAAAUGGCCCAAACUCCAGAGUCACCUUUUGGUGUCCCUUCUUGGGUUGGGUCACAUUUUUGUCAUAUCUUGAAUACCAUUUAGAACUUACUUGGAAAAUUAACUGAUAAAUGCAUUUAUUUUAUUUUAUUUGUUUUAAAGAAAAUGGUAUAUUAGUGUUUUCCCUUCUUGUAAACAUUUUUGCUCUGUGAUGUAUGAUUACUGAAAUGAAGAGCUUAGUCCCCCAUUUAAUUUACUGUCAUCCAUACUUACAAACUGUAAUCGAUGUACAGUAUUCUGCAAUGGUGUUCCAUUUCCACAACUGGGUGCCAAGAAAACCACCUAGUUUAUCUCUGUUCCUUCACUCAACUUAGCAUCAUCUUUAGCAAGGUGUCCAUUCCAAAAAAUACAUAAUGCCAUUUUUUCAGCAUUGAUGAAUAAUACUGCUUCCUGAUUAUGAACCUUUCACAUCUAGUGCCUUCUUUACCUAAUCCUUCCAUUUCCUUUUUGGUUUUCCCUUCUUUCUCCUAUCAGCCACUUUUGAAUUACUGUACAGUACUGUAUACAGGUACAGGACUCAUUUUAUCUAGGUGUUCAUAUCUUAUUCUCACUGUGUCCAUGGUACCCUAGUCAAUUCCUUCUGACACUCUUUUUAAUUUCUCAUCUUCUUUUAGCCUUGCUCUUUAUUCUUUGCAUCCUGUUAGCCCCACAUACUUCUUUCGAGCACAUACUCAUAUUAUUGUUUUCAACUUGCUUUUUCCUUUUACAUCCAAGUUUAAACUUACCACCUUUACUGUACAUUUAUGUCAACUCAACUGUUCCCCAAUAUAUACCCUUCUCUGCCUUCUUUGACACUGUUGUACAGUAGGUGUAAAUCUCUUUGCACAUACUGUACUACUCUUUCUUAUAUUUGCUGUGAAUUGGUUCAUAACUCAUUGUUCCAUUGUCUAUCAUAUCAAUUCCCAGAUACUUUACCUAAAACACCUCAUUUCAUUAAUUCGAAUCAAUAUAAAUUUUCCUGUUUCCUUCCCUUUUUUACUUUCAUCACCUUUUUCAUAUUCACUUGUCACUUUCUUUUAUAUCACACACUCCAUGAAACUCAUUUACUGACAUUUGGAACACUUUUUUUUUUUUUAUUCAACAAACCAGUGUCAUUUCUAAACAUCGGAUUUCCCCUCCAUCAUCUUUUUGAGUCAAACAUGCACCCCUACUAUCAUUCUUGCCCUUUUUCUCAUAAUUCAUGCGUGUUAUAGUAAGUACAGUAAACAUAGUAACAUUACACAUCAUUGAAGCAGAUUCACUUUUACUAGAUAUUAUUAAUAAGAAAUUUUGUAUAGUAUUUAAUUUAUAUGAAGUAUAGUACGUACCUUCUUAAUGACAAUUCAGCAUUGAGUAUAUAAUAUGCAGUUGUCAGUUACUGGAGGUUGAAUUUUUGGGGUUGAUGAAUGCAUUUGUGAUAAUUUGAUGUGAAAUCUUUUUGUAAUUAUGGUUUGCUUGGUUAAUGACAGUAUUUUACUGUAUUUAAAUAAGGUUAACUAAAGUAUGACUCAAUGGAGUGUACAGUAGUUAUAAGCAGAUCACUUUUAUAAUAUUCAUUGCUGUAUUAAAGCAGAUUAAUUGUAAUUUUGCAUAUUCUUUGAUUUUUGUAUUGAACCUUUGGUAGAUUUUUAUAUUUUUUGUUAUGGAUUCAUUUGCUUUGACUGUGUUGUAAUAAAUAUGAUUGUUGUACGAGUAUAAGAAUACAGGUACAAUAUAUGAAAAAAAUAUAUUCCAUUUACUGUACUGUAUACACAUUUUAUGUAGUUAUAUAAUGUAUAAUCAUGCUUUUUGUUAAAGGGAAAUGAUGCCUGAGCAAAUAUUUACAAUUUAAUUUUUUUUUGUGGUUGUACUGUACUGUAUUUGCAAAUUGUUAUUUAUUCAACCUUUUUAUGGUAGUUCACUCCAUAAUCUCUCCAAAGGAGAAAAGUCAUAGUGCCUCCAUUGGUUGGCAUAGCACUAAUUCAAGCUCUGGCUCUUUGUUGAGAAGUCUUAUCCUGUAACAACAUUGAUUAUUCUCAAAACAAUUAUUGCUCAUUUUGCUGAUGGGAAAUUAACAGUUUUUAUUUUUUUUUUUUUUAAGGAUUGGUUUCAUUAACUUACUUUUGUUUGUAUUUAAGGCAAGAUUUUGAUUUAUCAAGCAAUUUAAAAGCUUUACAUAUUUGUGUUGUAUAUAUACAGUAAAUUAUUUAUACAGUUA